GUACCAUGCCUACUUUGUGGCCGCACCUACAAGUUGUCCGUGAUGCGAAAUCACGUAGGGUGGCAUAUCCUAUACAUGAUGCGGUCACUCGAGGACCCGUUUGGGCUGUUAAAUGGGCAGAAGAUUGGCGCCGAUCCUUGCGGCUUUUGCGGCCUCGACAGCUGUCGGACACAACUCACAAAGACAGGGAAAAAAGUCAGCAUCACAUCAAGCUGCCCAUACCAUCACGCAGGAAUGAAGUACAACCUUGCAACUCAAACAACGACAAGUACACCUUGCACGAACGUUCCCAUUCAUUGCCCACUGUGU